AUUCAAGAUGGCGGCGGUGUCUACACACCUCCAGGAUAACAUAAAGAUCCAGGAAACAAGCGACGAUGACCCUUAUUCUCCGAAUACAAGGGACACUAGCACUCCUGACUAUCACGACGACGAGAAAAACGAAGAACGUACAAUACAUACGUCUUCAUUUUCCAUACAUAAUGUGUUGAAGAAAGAAAGAGAGAGCCAUAGUCCUGAGAAUGUCUUUUCAACUGAUAAACUGCUUCAAAAUACACCGAAUUUUGAAGAAAACGUGGAAUGUUCUAGACACUCUGAAAGUCCCAUAGAGGAAGAACAUUCUAGUGAUUUUAGAGCUGAAAUAUCAGUUGACGAUGACAAUUCAUGCUGUAGCGAUGAUACUGUUCUGUCCGUUGGUAACGAAGCUCCUAUAUCUUCAAAUAAUAAUAUAAAUCUUGAGAAAAAUAGUCCCGAAAGUCCGGAGACAUCAGGUCUGACGUCAUUUAAACAUAUACAGACUCAUUUAAAUGCUAUAUCGCAGCUGAGUCAAAAUUUGAAUAUCUCACAACCGAUGUUAGUACGUCCUAACCCAAUUACACCAAACCCUUUAAUGUUUUUAAAUCAACCUUUGAUAUUUCAAAAUCCUUUACUAAAUCAGGAUUUAAAGUCUGGGUUGAAUAUUUCAAAUAGAUUACCGAUGCAGAAUAAUUUGGGAUUGAAUCCCCAACCUUUCGGGUUAAAUUUUGGAUUGAGAUCGAAGACACAGGAGCUUAGAAGCACAAGGACCGACGAGAAUAGAAGACUUUUUACGCCAAAAUCACCUGAAAACGAAUCUUUCUUAAACCAAAAUUGCUUAAAAUUCAGUAUAGACAACAUACUGAAAGCAGAUUUUGGCCGACGGAUUACAGACCCUCUAAAUAAGCGCAAAAGUUUAAAAACGAGGCAAAACGAAGCGAAGCCUGAGGCAAAAGAAGUUUCAAAGGCAGAGGUCGAAGCAAGGGUUCCAGAAGUGAAACCUAGCGAUAAGGGUGGCGCUAUCGAUCUUUCAAAAGGGGAUGAUAGCGGUAGUAACCCUGGUUCCAAUACAGGGUCGCAGACAUCGAGCGAUGGUCAGAUGGUGUGGCCGGCGUGGGUCUACUGUACACGGUACAGCGACCGGCCUAGUUCCGGACGAAGUAAGUACGGGAGCCGCUCACGGGACUCACGUCCGCGAACGAGAAAGCCGAAGAAGCCGCCUGGGGAGACCAGCGGACCUACAGACGAGAAACGACCGAGGACUGCCUUCUCUGGACCUCAAUUGGCUAGACUAAAGCACGAAUUCGCCGAAAACCGUUACCUGACAGAGCGGCGCCGGCAAGCGCUGGCCGCAGAACUGGGGCUGGCAGAAGCCCAGAUUAAGAUCUGGUUCCAAAACAAACGCGCCAAGAUAAAGAAGGCUUCUGGACAACGGAAUCCAUUGGCCUUGCAGCUGAUGGCCCAAGGUCUUUAUAACCAUAGUACUGUGCCACUCACUAAGGAGGAGGAAGAGCUGGAGAUGAAGGCCAGGGAGAGAGAGCAGCAACUAAGGCAGCAAAACUAGAGUCUUGUAUAUUAUUGUAAAUACUUUCGUGUUAAUUUAUCUAUUGUAAAAGGAUAUGCCGCAAACUAGACUGAACCCUCGAUGCAAUGCUAUGAUUAUUAGGACUUACCAUACACCGUCUGUUUCCUAACUCAAAGUUCAAAUAAAUAUAUUGUUUUUUUUUACAAUAAUUCCAUUAAUUGCCAUAAUUAUUAAAUACAAAGAUCGAACACGAAGAAAAAUUCUAUAAACCCGACGACGAUUCUGACCCCAUUAACUGGAAAGUUACCGGCAGAGUGAGAAG